UACGUAUCUGACAGUAAUAAUGUAGCUGAGUUUCUUGCCGUAUCGUGGCUGCAGGCAUUUUUCCCAUUGUUAUGACCACCCAUCUUAUGAGGACUAGUGACAGGAGGAGUGAUAGAGACAACAGCAAAAACUGAAACAAUACUCCAGCCACAAUUUGCAGCAGCAAUAGCUUGUGUUUCACCGAUCAUUCACGGAUCAUUGAGUUCGACAAUUGACCAUGAUCAUCACAUAAACAUGUGUGGUAGCCCUAGCCCUAGCCCAUUCUGUUACCAGUUUUGCAGGCCCCUGUGCGCAUUGCGGGUCAGCACUAUCUCUAUGUGUACAGUUUUCCAAUGCAGUAUACGCAGUAUCUGCGAAAACAAAAUGAUCUAUGAUCUGGUAUUAUCUCAUCUGCAGAUCAUUUUAGCAAUUGUGGAGAGAUGGUAGAAACAAUGUAGAGAAAAAUCUAUAUCAACAAUGACCAUGCUGCCUACUACAGGUGAUCAUGAUGUAAUGUGAAUAAAACACAUGAAAACUUGUACAGAUUGACUAACUGCUGAUGCAGUUCUCAUGAAGAGCUUGGAGUGGUUGUGCAAAAUCCUGUGGCAAUGGCUGGAGUAUGGGGGUGACCCUCUUACUAAACAUAAUCAGAGUUGGGGGUCAGGUCAUUGGGUGAGAGGUGAAAAGUGUUUAAUCUGCAGGACACCCAGCCCAGCAGCAUGCACUGGCACCGAACACUAGCACAAUGACUAGGGAGAUACAUGAGAGGACCAUGGCUGUCGUCUCCCUCCAGUCUUCAUGGUAGUUCAACCCAUUCAGAAUCACCGCUAGACACAGCGAGAAGGCCGCACCACACCACACUAGGAAGGCAAAUGUGAGGGCCAAGAACAGGACGCAGUUUGUUGUCUCCCCACAACUUCUUCUGGACAGCUUGCACAGGUGGAGUAGCAGUCUGAGUAUGAGGCAAGCCCCCAGGACUAAUUCUGCCGUUCCCCCUCCCACGUAGGCCCCUCCCGCCACGUGGGCACCCGAGCUAAAGUCGGCUAUGAUUGCUCCCAGAAUCACGAUGCAGAUCCCGAGCAAAGGGAAUGCGAAGGCGCAGAGGAGGGUGGUAAAGGUGUAGCACUUGUCCACGACGCCCGAUCGACGCACUCCGGAUAGGGACACCCGACUGGAGAUGCUCGCUCCGCUGAGUAAUGCCUUCCUCUCCUCUUCUCUUUGCAUCUUCUCCAACACAGCAGAGUCGUUCGUAGCCAUGAUCCGGAAAGGCGUAUGGGGGUUGGGUUCCGCGUUCUGCCAGCUCAGCAAACUACGCGACCCGCCCACUCGCAGCUGUCGAGUCAGCAAAAAUCGACGAGACUACACGGCGGAUCAUGGCCGGCCUAUGGCGUGUAAUCAGUGUCAAAAAUAGUACGCACGCGCGGUCGAUGAGGUAGGUCUACUUUAUUGAGAGGUCGGUCUAUUUCACUAGGAGGUCGGUUCGUAUAUAGGCAAAAAUAACUUGGUAUUGCUUGCUGAACUGCUUUCCUCGUGUCAGGUGAUUCUUGAUCGCGCAUGCGCAGAGGGACGCGGAGCAUGCGCGUCGCAUGCCAACAAGGACAACGGCGGGGUUGGAGUUCAACGUUCUGUCAGCUCAGCAAACGACGCGCCCCGCCCACCAGCUGUCGAGUCAGCAAUGAUCCAAGCUCAUGGCUCCCCACUCCCACUGCGACGGUUGUCUUCUAGCAAGCUGCAGAGCCAGCAGCAGCAACGCCUGUCCCGUCCAGCCGUGCCCCGGAGGCUGCGGGGUCUCUCUCCACGGCUGCAAACUCGACGAGCACUCCAGCCACACCUGCCCCGCCGCCCUCAUCCCGUGCACCAACGCCUGCUUUGGUUGCGAGACGGUGCUACCGCGAGCCAAACUCGGCAGCCACCUGGCUCACUGCCCGGCCAAUGUCGCCCACUGUCACUUCUCGUACGACAGGGAAGUAGGAAAGGUUCGCUCCACGCCACAGACCGUUGACCCAAGGGACGCGGAAAGACAGUCUUAUAUCGACGAGAAGGCCUUGGGGGCAGACUUGGCACUAGCAGAAAAAGAGGACAGGUUUUACGGACGUCGCUCCAACGAAGAUAAAGGGGAGCCCUUCCAAUUUAGCCUGCAUGCCCACCCGGGGAGCUCGCUCACCGAACCAGGCAGCAAGUCAACUGCUCGUAAACUGAAUCUCCCACCCCGGGACAGAGUCUGUAUAGCCGCCUCCGUCGAACGCUACGGCCUCAGGGGUAUCUACACGCUCCACUACUACUGUUUCCCGUGCAACGAGAUAGUGCGGAGAGACGAGUUCUCUACCCACUGGCGUGACUGCCACGUUGGCGUCCAGACCAGGCUCUCUCACAUCGUGGAGCGCUGCCCCUUGAGAGACUAUGGCUGUCAGUACGGAGUACUCCGUCUUACUCCAACUCCGAACGGAGCGUCACUGGACUACCUUUCAGAGGCCGAUUGUGUCUCGGUGAAGUUUCCCGACCACACGACAAAGGACUGCGAUAGUCAACCCUUGCCCGGUAGCUACGCCCAGCACAUUCAGAAGCAACAAGAGCUGGCAAUUUACGGCUACGGAGAUGAGUCGGAGAGCUACGACGUUCUCAGCCAGCUGCCGGCUGAGAUUCUGAUGAAGAUUUGUGGGUGUCUGGAUUCCCUUGGUCUGUGGAACCUCUCACUGGUGAACCACUAUCUUCGUAGCAUCUGCUUCUAUCUGGUAAAGAAGCGCGGGAUUGUGUACCGUCGCUGGCAGAAGAACCAGGCCACAGGCAAAUGGGAGCAGGGAGAAAAGCGCUGGUCGUUUUCAAGAGUGUUUCGUGGUACUGGGUCAUGGACCUUCACAGACGCCCCAGCCCUGUGUAGCCACGUAUCCUCGUGUCCAGUCCUACACUCCCUGACAAAUCCCUAUGAUCCCGACACCCGGUGGGACUGCCCAGUCUCGAGAAGCCCGGAUCCCAAAAUUCGAACUAAGUAUACCAGUCCACCCUCUCCGUUCAUGCAUUUCACACAGGAUAUCACUGUAAGUGUGGACACUGUCAUUUUAAGCCGGCCAGUAGAUCACCAUAAUCUCUGAUCAUGAUAUAAUAGUUAUUAGUAUUAUUUAAGGCUUCCAUAGUGUGUAUGGUUAGCUAUUCAAGUACAAAUGAGGUUCUUGAUCUGUUGUAGUUCAGUGAUAUCAGGGUGGCAAGGGGAGUGGUGGUACACUCUCAUCAGUGGUAGAGCCUUCUCCACCACUUCAACUGCUCUCCCAAACUGUCCACUUUAUAUACAACAUAUAGGUAAGGGGCAAACUCACUCAAUUGUUGCAGUGGUUACACCGUGAAUAUUGUGUGAUGUCAUUGAUAAAAUAGGGUCACCGUAACUAUACACUUCAAACAUUAUCUGUAAAACACUCAUGGAAACUUCUUUAGGAUCUACUAC